AUGCACUCUCAAAAUGAAACCGACGCCUAUCCUACCUUUAUCUCUAUGUUUUAUCGGAUUAAUGAAGUGUAUGACAAACUUUUGAACUUGUCUGGGAAUGGGAUGUUUUGGACAAGAGUUAUUUGGAGUGCUUGUGUUGUGCCUAAGCAUGCAUUCAUUACUUGGCUUGCUAAAUUGAAUAGACUGAAAACAAGAGAUAGACUUCACCACAUGGGGAUAGUGACUUCAGAUGCUUGUCUGAUAUGUGAUGAUGCUACAGAAAACAAUUGCCAUAUUUUUUUCUCUUGUUACUAUAGCAGGAGAUGUAUCAUAGAGGUGAAGCUUUGGCUGUGGUGGCUUUCGAAUUCUGAGAAUAUUCAUGCGCUACUGAGAUGGCUUGCCAGAGGAAAGCAUCUGUCUCGUUUCAGGAGAUGGAUUUUUGCUUCUGGUUUACUGGCAACUACAUAUCAUUUGUGGAGGGUUCGGAAUCUAGCUUUAUGGGAGGAUAAAGUUUAG